UAUUGGGGGUGAACAAAACGUCCCCGUAUUGACACUCGGUACUCUCUUUUCUGUGAGUUAGUCGCGAUCAUCCUUGAAACAUUGGUGUUCGCUUCGCAGAUAAACCCUAAGAGAGAAGAGAGAGAGAGAGAGAGAGAGAGAGAGAGAGAGGGAUCAUGGCGACCGCAGAUGUAGAAGCUGUCGACUUCGAGCCGGAGGACGACGAUCUUAUGGACGAAGACGGUGCCGUCGACGUCGACGCCUCGCCGAGAGCCGUCGCCCCCAGGCUUAAGUCUACCAUCACCGGUGGUUCCUCCUCUGCUCCCAAGAAGACGAAGGGGCGCGGUUUCAGGGAAGAGGUUGACGCUGAGCGCAACACUCGCUUGGUGGCCCGCGACUUUGACUCGCUUGACUCCGAUGGCGGUCCCGGUGCCCAACGAUCUAUUGAAGGAUGGAUUAUUCUGGUUACUGGAGUGCAUGAAGAGGCACAAGAAGAUGAUCUUCAUAAUGAAUUUGGAGAGUUUGGUGAGAUUAAGAAUUUGCAUUUGAAUCUUGACCGUAGAACUGGGUUUGUCAAGGGGUAUGCCCUAAUUGAAUAUGAGAACUUCGAGGAAGCACAGGCUGCAAUAUCUGCAAUGAAUGGGGCUUUAUUUAUGAAGCAAACCAUCAAUGUGGAUUGGGCCUUCAGCAAUGGGCCUUUCAAAAAGUGGAAUAUGAGGAGGAGGUACGUCUUUCUAACUGAAUAUUGUUCAUUCAUGUCUCCCAUUGUAUUUGAACUUAAAAGUAGAAAUAUUCAAGAGUUUGUUGUAUGUUUUAAUAAAUUCGCUUAGUAGUUAAAAUAUGAUUAGGUGCUCAAUGCCAUGUUUUGGUUGGUUUGUGUUGUUUGGAAGAAGAAAGGAGGGGGGAGGUGAUAUUCCAUUCACAAGAGACUCUGAAUCAUUUACAUCCCAUUUUCGAGUUUAGGAGGAUGUCAGAAAUAUGAAUUUCAUUUUGUUGGUGUAGCUGAUCAAGAUACAAAUUGAUUCUCAUAAGUAGUGUUUUAAAAGGCGAAGGCGUAAGGUGAGGUGUUUUACCCCUGUUGACGUGAAGAGUAAGCCUUUUGAGAUUUUUAUUUUUAUUUUUUAUUUUAAGCAUAUAAAAUAAAUUGUAUAUACAACCAAUAAUAUGAAAUUUAUUAAGAUAAAUUAUAAAUUUUGUUAUCUGAAUUUUAAACUAAAAAAAUAGUUUAACAAAAAUCAAAACACAUCAACCAUAGCUGUCUUUAUUGCCUAUACACUGUAUUCCUGCAAGUGUAAUGCGACGGCCACAUGGUCUUUGCACAGCCAUGUGUCUUCCUUGCCGGUUGCCUUCCCACCUGGUAAAGAAAUCUUGCUUUUCUGGUUGCCUCUCUCGCACCAUCUUCUCCCCACGGUCCACUACAUCCAUUGAGAAGGGUCUCGAGCUGAGAAUGAGACACUUGAGAUGAGAGUGAGAGACACUUGAAGACAACCCUAUUAUCUCGUCGCAGAGAGAGAACGAGAGAGGGGAAGAGAUGAACAGCUAGAUAGAGGCAUCAGUGCAGUCAUCACUUCAGAGGAGCUUGCUGAAGAAGAUGACAGUGGCUUUUUGUCGAAGUGAUGGAGCACUUGUCAAAGGGAGGAAUCUUCAAUUGUUCGAUUAUUUGUCCAUUCAUUGAUAGAAGCACGAAAGAAAAGGCCUUUCUGCACUAUUUUGCAGUUUCUUCAAUUUUUUUUACAUGAUUAAAGUAGUUUGAGGGUUGGUCCCAGAAUGCAUGUGCCUUCCUCUUUGAGGCAUAAAGACACAUUUUUUCAGUGGAGAUGUACCCUCUGACCCAGAAAGCGUGCGCAUAGCAGGAGUUUCACCUUUUGAACUAUGCCUUAGUGGGUUCUAGUAGCAAAACGCCUCUCAAAAAUGACUUUUAAGACUCUCUGCUUAUAAGGCGUGCCUAAAAAAUGCCUCUAAAAACACUGCUUAUAAGAUCUGAUGGAGAUGUCAUGGUGGCUUCGUGCUGGAUCUGGUAGAGCCUACCAAUUACAACAAAACUGUGGACUCUUCUCCAGAAUGUGGAGAUCAGGAAACAUUGUAGAAUCUGAGACUUUCUACUAUUGAUAUUUUUGAAAUGGUUGUUUCUAAGCUUCGUGCAAAUUAUGGAUCAAAAGCCAAGUUCAGAGAGAUGAUUGACCUAAAAUUAUUAGACUUUCUAACAUGUCUAUGGGGAGGGAACUAGUGCAGAUUGUUUUGCCUCUGACUGUUUGUGCCUACAGUUCCUAUUUUUUUGGUUUUCUGUGUUGCACUGUCUUGGUUUGGUUUUUUUUUUUUUUCUCUUUUUCUUUUUUGAGCUUUUUCUGUGGCAAGUGAAAUAAAAAAGGAAAGAAAGAUAGAAGUGGCUGACCGCAUUUUGACUUCUCCCCUUCUCAUGUCUCCGAUUGUGGUGCAGUUUCAAUGAUGGGAGAAUUCUGCAGGCUUCCCAUUGAUCUUAUAUAUCUUUUGCUAUUCACUUUUUCUUUCCACUACCAAACUAGAGAAUGGGUAGUGAGCAUAUUUUUUUCUGUAGUCCAACCAAAUUUCCAUGAUCUUUCCAAUUUAAAGAAUGGGUAGCAAAUGGAUUGUUUUGUAGUUCCAUAUUUGCAAACACCAUGUACAACAAGCAUCUAAUCCUCUGCUGAAAUUAGUGACAGUAAUUCAUUGAUAAAAUAUUAAAAUACGAUGUUCUGGGAAGUGGGAAGCUGUUCUACUUCCUUACUUUAGUGGCGUGUUCAUCAGCUUUUUGCUAGGUGUAUCGUCUUUCUGUUAGUAGUUUUGUUGCCUAAUUAUUUUCAGUUGAUCUAUUUACUUGCUUUGGAUCGUGAUAUUGAAUUGAACAUUCUUCCAGGACUUACUUUUUAGUAGUCAUUGGGUGUCGACAUGGUUGAAUUAUUAAAGAUUGUGAAAGGAAAAAAUUGUAGUUCUGUGAGUCCACUGACAAAGUUUCUGCAAUCAACCCAACCAAAUACAAAUCCAUCUACAUAACCAUUAUCAGAAGUCUUCCAAUCACCAUCUUGACCAUCAUAGAUGGGUCAUGUCUAUGUUUUCUUGCUUCAAGUCUACCUGAGUUUUAGCCAUCCAGCUGAGACAUCAAGUGC